AGAAGGAGACGCCCGGAUAGGAAGGUACGGGAAGAUUCGCUUGACCCGAUCCCGAUUACGUGACCUCCAUCGCAUGGGCGCCUAGAUGGUCGGCCUGGCAGGCUCAACCUGCCCCGGGUUCCCCAUGCUCCUGCAGAAAUGUGUAAGACUCUCUUCCGCUAACACAGCCUAGAGCCUUUCACUCCUCUCUUUCCCUACCGGCUACCCUCGUAUACCCUCCCUGCGUUCAUCGCCUGCCAUGGACCUCCUCGACGGCAUCACUAAGGGGGUCUCCGACCUCGACCUUCUCGACAUGCUUACUGCUCCGGAUCUGCGCCCCGCCAAACAUGGAAUUCGAAGGAGAGACUCCGACCUCGAUCCUCUUCUAUUAGCGGCAGCGGCCGCCUACGGCCCGCACGUCACUCGCAACCAUUACGCCCAUGACUUCUUCCCUGCAGUAGGCGACCCCCGAGCGGAGGGGGCGUACGACUGGACCAAGUUUCAGGGGGAGACCACCCAGGCUCGCAGACCGCGGCUAAAGUAUGUCAGCAGGCAAGCACCACGGAGCCAGAGGUUGAAGGACCAGGGAAUCGUAGUAGAUGGGGAGAAGGAGAACGGACGGACGAGGGAAGUGGGGGAUCCAUUGCGUAGGUCCGACAACCUACCUUCGCCUACUCCGCGCACGGCCCUAGACUCGCCACAUGUGCAACGCACGACCUCAGCAUCUCAUGCCGCUGCAGCUGAGAGUACGAGACCUGCCGCAGCCGUCGAGGUCAAGUGCAUGGCUCGCACACGGGUGCCUACUCCCCACGGACCCGUCUUCCUUCACCUUUACCACAACAACCGGGACAACAAAGAGCACCUCGCCAUCGUCGUCGACCCCGCCCAAUUUGAACAAGAUACCCCACGGCGCGCCCCUCCGAUCCGUAGCCGUUCCCUAGACGCGGCAUGGUCAGACUCCGAGACGGAGGCAGACCGCAUAACCCGGGGAGCCUACGUAGGUCGGCUCUCCCCCACUUCUCAACGACCCUCCGUCCCCGGAGCGCACAACAACAUUACGACAGACAACAUCCCCUCCCCGCUCAUCCGCAUCCACUCGGAGUGCUUCACCGGCGAGACGAUCGGGAGCAUGCGCUGCGACUGCGGCGAGCAGCUCGACGAGGCCAUCCGGCAGAUCUCGCAGCCCAUCACGCUCCCACCGGCUACAUCCUCCGCGGAGGGCAGGCCGACUACCAUCCCCGGGCGGGGCGCCGUCGUCUAUCUCCGCCAGGAGGGCCGUGGCAUCGGCCUGUUGUCGAAGAUUCGCGCGUACAACCUCCAGGACCUCGGCCAUGACACUGUCACGGCGAACUUGAUGCUCGGACAUGGUGCGGACGAGCGCGGGUACGAGGUUGCUGCUGCGAUCUUGCGCGACCUCGGCUUGGGCACGGAGGUCGGCGAGGGUGUGCGGCUGCUGACGAACAACCCGGACAAGGUGCAGGCGCUGGAGAAGGAAGGCAUCCGGAUUGUUGAGCGCGUACCGAUGGUACCUCGCGCGUGGCAGCGGCGACAGCACCAGCAUGAGCAUGGCGAAGACGUGUCUUUGAAGGGGGAGGACGCGAGCGGACUGACGAUGAUCGGUGGAGGAGAGGUGCAUGGGGAGGAUCUGGACAGGUACCUGCGCACCAAGGUGUUAAAGAUGGGACAUAUACUGCCCCUUGGCCUUAUGGAUGAGUCGUCCCCAUAGCGUUCAGUUUGUCGUUCUUUUAUGGUCGGCAACAGAGACUAGCGUCCAGUGUAGUCUCGCACAGCAUCAAGCUAAUCAAUCUGUAGCGUACUGAUAUAUCAAGUAUAACUCUUUUGUAUAUUUGGUUGCUCCUCGCCUCUCGUCCCCUGUAUAUAAGUGAUAGAAAGCAGAAAGGACCAGCAGGUGGUGAGG